AUGACGAUGCCUCCGGUGGUGUUGCUGCUGGUGUUGGUGGCCGUUCCAUUGCGAGGAUCAGGCGCGGCGUGGUGCGUGUGCAGGCCGAACGCGACGGAGGAGGCGCUGCAGAAGACGCUGGACUACGCGUGCGGGCACGACGCGGACUGCGCCCCGGUGCUGACGGGGGGCAGCUGCCACAGCCCGGACUCGGUGGCGGCGCACUGCUCCUACGCGGCAAACAGCUACUACCAGCGGAACAGCCAGACCCAGGGCGCCACCGGCUGCGACUUCGGCGGCACAGCCACCCUCUCCUCCACAGACCCCAGCUCCGGAACUUGCAAGUACCCUGCAACUCCGAGUGCUGCAGGGACGGGGAACGGCACGAGUUCUUCUUCCCCGACUACGCCCGGCAUGGGAGGGAGCUUCACGACACCGAUCGGCGCGUACGGCCCUGCGGCGAACACGUUGAGCCCGGAGAACGACGCUCCUCCUCGUGCUGCUGCUGCGUUCGUUGGUCUCCGUGGUCUCCUCGGCGUUGCAUCCAUCCUUGCUUUCUUGGUGCAGUGA